AACACACGAGGCGGUUUGCAAGCGGUUUGCGCCGCGACGGCGGCCGGUGGACCGCCGCUCGACUUAAAACACACGCGACGGCUUUUGCAACUACGAACGGCACGAAAAAUUACAAGAUCAGUUUGAUGUUGCCAAGCUUUGCGUACAGUUUACAGUUUUUUAUUUAUCGUGAGCAAAAUGGACUCCGACAGUGAAGAUGAUUUUUUAUUUUUGUUGGCGGCAUCGGCACUGGCAUUACGCAAAAAACCAAAAAAAAAAAAUAGAACGAAACGUAAGCUAUGGAUACAUCCCAUAGUUAUGGAAAGAAACAAGAAGGGAUAUUUCAAUACCAUCUAUAAGGAGAUUUGUGAAGAUCCGGAAAAUUGUUUAAAUUUCACCAGAAUGUCAAAGGAAUCAUACCAGGAGUUACUUUUAUUGAUACAAGAGCCAUGUACAAAAGCUAAUACCAUUAUGAGAGAUAGCAUAUCAGUGCAAGAAAAGCUUUUGAUAACUUUAAGGUACCUAACAACUGGUUGUUCAUUUGUGGAUUUGCUCUAUGCAUUUAGAAUUGGAAAAUCUACAGCAAGUUUGAUUGUUCAAGAAGUUUGUAAAGCACUAUGGGCGCAUGUUAGGCAAAUGGCUUUUCCAGUUUUAAAUGCCGAAAAGUGGAUGGAAAUCGCAUGACAAUUUGACAGUUGAUUCAUUUAGCAAAGGGAAUCCAAGAUCAUUAAAUGGCCGAGAUAAAUUUGCAAAUUAUUUUGUUAAUAUUUAUCCACUAGAGUGGCAA